CUGCGCGGGGACGCACGUGCGGCCGCGAUGAAGUUCUCGUACCGGUUCCGCAGCCUGCUGGGCGCCGUGUACCGCCGCGGGGACCUGAGCUUCACGCGCGACGGCGGCGCCGUGGUCAGCCCCGUGGGCAACCGCGUGUCCGUGUUCGACCUCAGGAACAACAGAUCGGACACGCUGCCCCUGGCCACGCGGUACAACGUCAAGUGCGUGGGGCUGUCCCCGGACGGCCGCCUGGCCAUCAUCGUCGAUGAAGGAGGCGACGCGCUGCUGGUCAGCCUGGCGUGCAGGUCCGUGCUGCACCGCUUCCACUUCCAGGGCUCCGUGCACAGCAUCGCCUUCUCCCCCGACGGCAGGAAGUUUGUGGUCACCAAGGGCAACCUGGCCCAGAUGUACCACGCCCCCGGGAGGAAGCGGGAGUUCAACGCUUUUGUCCUGGACAAGACCUACUUUGGUCCGUACGACGAGACCACCUGCAUCGACUGGACGGACGACUCCCGGUGCUUCGCGGUCGGGAGCAAGGACAUGUCCACCUGGGUGUUUGGGGCCGAGCGCUGGGACAACCUCAUCUAUUACGCACUGGGGGGGCACAAGGACGCCAUCGUGGGCUGCUUCUUCGAGUCUGGCAGCCUGGACCUGUACACGGUCAGCCAGGACGGAGCCCUGUGUGUGUGGCAGUGUGACACGCCCUCCGAGGGCCUGCGGCUGAAGGCGCCCGCGGGCUGGAGAGCCGACCUGCAGCAGGGGGCGGGCGAGGAGCAGGAGGAGCCGGAAGAGGAGGAGGAGGAGGAGGAGGAGGGCAGCGGGUGCGGGAGCACCAUCCGGGGCAAAGCCGCGCCGGCCCCAGAGGAGCAGCGAGGGAAAGUGAAGUACUCCCGGCUGGCCAAGUACUUCUUCAACAAAGAAGGGGACUUCAACAGCCUGACCGCCGCGGCCUACCACAAGAAGACCCACCUCUUGGUCACCGGUUUUGCUUCUGGAAUCUUCCACCUUCACGAGCUCCCAGAGUUCAACCUCAUCCACUCCCUGAGCAUCUCUGACCAGAGCAUCACUUCCGUCGCCAUCAACAGCUCCGGGGACUGGGUCGCCUUCGGCUGCUCAGGCCUGGGCCAGCUGCUGGUGUGGGAGUGGCAGAGCGAGUCCUACGUGCUCAAGCAGCAGGGCCACUUCAACAGCAUGGUGUCGCUGGCCUACUCCCCCGACGGGCAGUACAUCGUGACCGGCGGGGACGACGGCAAGGUCAAGGUGUGGAGCACCCUCAGCGGCUUCUGCUUCGUCACCUUCACGGAGCACUCGAGCGGGGUCACCGGCGUGGCCUUCACCGCCACCGGCUACGUCAUCGUCACCUCUUCCAUGGACGGGACCGUGCGUGCCUUUGACCUGCACAGGUACCGGAACUUCCGCACCUUCACGUCCCCCCGCCCCACCCAGUUCUCCUGCGUGGCCGUGGACUCGAGUGGGGAGAUCGUCUCUGCGGGGGCCCAGGACUCCUUUGAGGUCUUCGUGUGGUCCAUGCAGACGGGCCGGCUCCUGGAUGUCCUGUCUGGCCACGAGGGGCCCAUCAGCGGUCUGUGCUUUAACCCGACGAGGUCAGUCCUGGCCAGCGCCUCCUGGGACAGGACGGUGCGUCUGUGGGACCUGGUGGACAGCUGGAGGACUACUGAGACGCUGGCCCUGACCUCAGACGCUCUGGCCGUGACCUUUCGCCCUGACGGCACGGAGUUGGCAGUGGCUACGCUGAACUCCCAGAUCACCUUCUGGGACCCCGAGAACGCCGUGCAGACUGGCUCUAUCGAGGGCAGGCACGAUCUCAAGACCGGCAGGAAAGAGCUGGACAGGAUCACCGCCAAGCACUCGGCCAAGGGCAAGGCCUUCACCACGCUCUGCUACUCGGCGGACGGCCAGAGCAUCCUGGCGGGAGGAAUGUCCAGGUUCGUCUGCAUUUAUCACGUCAAGGAGCAGAUACUCAUGAAGAAGUUUGAGGUCUCCUGCAAUCUGUCCCUGGAUGCCAUGGAGGAGUUCCUGAACCGCAGGAAGAUGACAGAGUUCGGCAGCCUGGCGCUCAUCGACCAAGACGCCGGCGAGGAGCAGGGAGUCGCUGUCCCGUUGCCGGGUGUAAAGAAAGGCGACAUGAGCUCCCGGCACUUCAAGCCUGAGAUCAGGGUGACUUCGCUGAGCUUCUCCCCGACUGGGCGCUGCUGGGCGGCCACUACCACCGAGGGGCUGCUCAUCUACUCCCUGGACACCCGGCUGCUCUUUGACCCAUUCGAGUUGGACACCAGCAUCACCCCUGCCAGGAUCCGGGCGGCACUGCGCCAGCGGGACUUCACCCGGGCUCUCCUCAUGGCCUUGCGGCUCAACGAGCAGGCGCUGCUGCGGGAGGCGCUGGAGGCCGUGCCCUGGGCCGAGAUUGAGGUGGUCAGCGCCUCCCUCCCUGAGCUGUAUGUGGAGAGAGUGCUGGAAUUCUUGGCUUCCACCUUGGAAGUGUCUCGCCACCUGGAAUUCUAUCUCAUCUGGACGCAGAAGCUGCUCCUGUCGCACGGACAGAAACUGAAGUCCAGGGCGGGUGUGCUACUGCCGGCCGUGCAGUUCCUGCAGAAGAGCAUCCAGCGGCACCUGGACGAUCUCUCGAAACUCUGCGACUGGAACCGCUACAGCCUGCAGUUCGCGCUGGCCCUGUCCCGGCAGCGGGGCCUGAAACGCCCCUCCGAGCCCCUGGACGGCGGGGACGGGGCCGUGUCUGGAGAGGACGACGGUGGCGAGGACAGCCUGAACCUGCUGGGCUAGAGCCGCGCGGCUGCCGCCCCCGAUGGACGCGCCGGCCCCGGACACGGGGCCGGGGACUGUGGACUGGACGCCGGGCUGGCCGAGUCCCCCCGUCGGGAGCAGGGCG